AUGCCGAAAGCAACCAAAUUGCAUAGCAAGGGCAAAACAAACAGCAUUCAGAAAUGCUAUAAAGCUGAUAAAGAUGGUACAGACGCCGCGGACCCCGAAGAAUCGGUCAGGGAGUUCCAGUUACAACUAUGCUGGUGCAUUCAACAGUUAGAGAGAACACUAGCCGAAAAGAAGGGAAAUGAAAAGCAAUUACAAGAAGCGUGGAAGGUUUUGACUGUGUUGAAAAACAACAACCAACCUAUAGUAAGAAAAAGGCAAUUAAUGAGAACACAUUUUGGUGAUUAUAGAGCAAAAAUGGCCGCUGAAGAAAAGAAAUUAGCCAAAAUGGCAAGCAAAAUUAAGAUUUCCGAUAGCCCAGCACAACCGAAAGCUAAGUUUUUGAGAAAGUCAGCAUUCUUGGCAACGGGAAAUAGUUCUUUCAAAUUCAAUUUUAAUGUUACACAGGAAACAGUGGGCGAUUUAAGUAAAGAUGACAACGCAGAAGCAAAUAAAGAUGUAGACAAAAAAGAAAAUGAGAUUGUAAAUAACGAUAAAAUUGACUUUUCCGCUCCUAGUACGGAAUUUAAAUUUAAUUUUAACGUUGAUAAUGCUUAA